UCCGGACCGAGCAGAGCACACCGAGUAGCGAGACCCGUCCCGGUAUCCUAUAAAAUGCACCUCACAUCGGAGGAUCCAUCCACAGCAUACAGAGCAAACCAAAGCAUCCAGGUUCCAGAGCAGCAGCAGUUUCGAGCUGAGUUGAGUGUUCUUGGGGUUGCCAAUGGCGGACAUCGCGAUGCUGGUGGCGGAGGAGCACGAGAAGAGGCUGAAGCGAGGGGCGCCCCGCGUCGUCGCCGCCGCGGCCGCCGACGAGGAGGAGGAGGCGUCCAAGGGCAAGGUGAACUUCGGGGCGGUGACCAAGGUGUGGGGCGCCUGGGCCGAGUCCGCCGCCGCCGCCGCGUCCGGGGUCAAGGUGCGCGUCUCGGUGCUCGCCAAGUCUGAGUUGGUGGCGGCGGCGGCCGAGCCCAAGAGCCCGGUCGCCCUGGCAGCCUUCGACGGCUUCUUCUCUGCUUAACGAGUAGUGUGUGAAUUGAUUCGGAGGAGUUUACCUCUCCCCCAGUGUCAUGUACUGUAACUCCGAUGUGUACAUAACCGUGUGGUUUGCUGAUUUGCAACAAGGAAGAAGUGUGCUUUUUGUA